AGAAGCAGAAUCUAUAACUAGUCACCAUGUCUGCAUCACCAACUGCCCGUCAAGCCAUGCACGUCCCCCAAAAGACCAGGACCAUUAAAAUUUCGGAUCCCAUCCAAAUGCCAGAGGUUUACUCCUCAACACCUGGCGGCACCUUGUACUCGACAACACCUGGUGGUACCCGCCUAAUUUAUGAACGUGCAUUUUUGAAAAAUCUACGCCAAUCGCCCUUGAGUCAAUCUCCACCAGCCAAUAUACCCACCUGCCUGCUGAAGGGUACACCACGUACACCAUUCCGUAAAUGUGUACCACCACCAACAGAUUUGGUCAAGAAGACCGAAUCAUUGAAAAUCGAGGAUCAAGAACAAUUCCAAUUGGAAUUGUAA